AUGGGGAACUGGUCUGAACUUUGUGAUGACAUUCUAGGAUUGAUUGUGGAUCGUUUCUUGGCAAUCGAAGAUAUUGUUCGUUUUGGUGCGGUUUGCCGGACGUGGCGAUCAGUUUCAGCCGAGAAGUGGCGCUUCUCUAUUGCGUAUCCCUGGCUGAUGCUUGCGGAGAAGGAAGAUAGUGACAACCGUGGCUUCUACAGUCUCGCCACCCAAAUGGUUUACCACUUGAACUUGCCAAAGGCCCGUGGCAGGCGGUGUUGGUCCUCCUGCGGUUGGUUGAUAACUUUUGGGUUUGAUUGGGAGAUUGACUUGUUAAACCCCUUUUCUGGGGAUAAAAUUCAGCUUCCACCUCAACCAAAACCCGAAAAUGAUUUCCCCACUGAGUUAUGUCUCCACCGGAUUUUUUUAAGGAAAGUGAUAUUGUCCUCAAGACCCAACAAAACAACCCCUUGUGAAGAUGAUGAAAAAUGCGUGGUUAUGGCGAUAAUUACCGGAUGCAAGACAUUAUCCUUCUUGAGAUUGGGUGAUGAAGUUUGGACUCCUAUAGACAGUAAGGGUAUCGAUGACGUGAUCUACUUCAAUGGUCAAUUCUAUGCUAUCGAUGCAACUGGGAAAGUGUGGAUGGUUGACAUUUCUAGUCCUCAGCCAAAGAUGAUUGAGUUUGCUGAACCGGGGGAUGAUAUAAACAUUUAUGCUUAUUUUUAUCUUGUGGAGUCAGCAGGAGAACUCUUUAUGCUUGCACGGGAUCUUUAUGAGGGCGAGGGCGAUCAACUUAUGCGUAUUCAUGAAACAGAUGGUUUUGAUGUUUACAAGUUCAAUUUUGAUAACAGGAAGUGGAUGGAGGUGAAGAGCCUGGACAACCGUGCCCUGUUUGUGGGUGCUAAUACCUCCUUCGCCAUCUUCCCUUCUAACCAUUUACAAUGCGAACCCAACUGUAUCUAUUACACCGAUGACUACCCACAGGGUCUCAAGGAAGGAGGUGGUAAUGACAUGGGAGUGUUUCGGUUGGAGACUGAGGAAAUUGAUGAUCACUAUGUUGGCCCCGACAUCCUUUCUCGUAUUUCUACACCUCUUUGGAUUUGUCCUUUUCUGUAG